CGAUCAUAACCAGUAAGCCCAACAAUAUUUACAUUUAACGAAUUGUUCUUCUUGUGCGUUUGAAUUUGGCAUUUAGCAAUGGAACUUCAUUCUAAAUACCAAGUCGGCCUUGCUUGCGUGCUGCUACUCUUGCCUGCACUAUGUUCAUCCCAGGGCUUCACAGACUCCAGAGCCACGUACUACAGUACCUCUGAUGGCUAUGGAACUCCAACCGGAGCUUGUGGAUAUGGCGAUUACGGCAGAACUGUAAACUACGGGAGGGUUGCAGGCGUGGCCGGCUUAUGGAGAGGUGGAGCUGGAUGCGGUGCUUGCUACCAGGUGAGGUGCAAGAACUCAAGAUUAUGCGAUAACUACGGCACGAUGGUGGUGGCAACAGACUACGGUGCAGGUGACAGGACGGACUUCAUAAUGAGUCCCAAUGGUUUCUCAAAACUGGGACGAAACCCAAGUGCAUCGGCAGAGCUGAAGAAAUACGGCACCGUAGACAUCGAAUACAGGAGGGUACCCUGCACGUACGCUGGCUACAACGUGCGUAUCAAGAUCCACGAGUCCAGCAAUUACCCAGACUACCUUGCUCUUGUUAUUCUCUACGUGCCUGGAAUGAACGACGUCACUGCCGUUGAGAUAUACGACAAUGAGCGCCAUGAAUGGAAGCCAAUGAGAAGAGCGUAUGGGGCGGUGUUUGAUAUAGCUGGGGCACCACGUGGACCAUUGAGGCUGAGGCUGCGAUUCAGUGGAAGAUCGGGUUGGGUGCAGUCGAGCAACACCGCGAUUCCAGGGGAUUGGAAGAUUGGAGCUUCUUACGACUCUCAAGUUCAUGUCUAAAUUACAUCCUCCAUAACGAGGGGGCCACGUAUGACGUAACCUGUGUGGCUUCAACUGAAUGCAAGCUGUUUGGUCUCGUACUGUCAACUAAACAUAUAAAUAAUAAUGUGUCUGCUGGAAUAAAAUGAAUAAUAGGGGUUUGUGUAUUUUUCAUUUGGGACGGAAUUAAUAAAUGAAUAAGGAAACCUCUUUGUUUAUGAA